AUGUUUUUGCCCAAUUGAGGUCCUUAACGCAGCUAAAGUAGAUAGAUAUCCUGCGUUCGGCAUUGAUGAUUGAGAUGAAAUUUGUCCUUUUUUGUAUUAUGGUGGGGGCGCGGAAAGGGUCGACCCGUUUAAGUGUGUAACCCUUGGCCCGUGCCACGCCGGCGGCGCGAAAAUGUCCGAAAAAAAAAAAGAAAGGAACCGCCGAUCUAGUACCCGUAACGAGGAAAAGGCUCUGCAGCGGAGAGGAAGACGUAACAGCAAGAGGACUUCCACUCGCGUGACGAAUAUUAGCGCUGCGAUUUUGUACAACGAAUACGCCGCAAGCAAAAAACCCGGGUUUGGAAGGUGGGCCACAGGAGCGAGAUGAAAAAAUUGAAAACGAAUGGCCUGCCCUGAAAAUUCCGGUCGUUUUUUGAAAUUAAGUACUCCCUUGAGUAGUACUCAAUGAGAGAGUACCGGCGUAUUGUUUCCUUGCCCUAGCGCCGGGCACUAAUAUAUUAUAUUAGUGCCCGGCGCUAGGGCACUAAUUAUAUUAUAAUUAGCGCCUACACUAAUUAUAUUAUAAUUAGCUCUGCAAGUCCGUGGCCCGUGCCACCAGAAACCUAGGAAAAUAAAAUCAGAAUCACCAUACCGUCCUAAGAGCAUCAUCACAUCAUCUACGAACUUUAUCUGAGGAAAAACGUCAAACUAAGAAAUCAACAGAGGAGAUAACAGAAGGAAAAGAAAGUAAAAGUUUUCGAAGCUGGAGAGGUAGGCACUUCUAGUAGAUCUUCAGUUCUAUACCUUCUUUUUGUCUCGCAAUCCAAGGAAAGAAGGACAAGAGUUUCGUCUGCAAAACAUCAAACUUAUAGCGGAACCCGUGCUGAUGGCCGUCCUUUUGUUUGUAUCCGUAUUUGCUGUUCUCGUAGAUGCUUUCUUUGCUGGUGCUAUCCUAUCUACCAGAGCGUCGGUUCGUACGUACGUUUGUGCCACUGGUCGUGUGAUUUGCUUUCCAGGAGCCCGAUCGCAAAUUCGUACGCUCCUCUCAUUCCGUUGCCGAAAUCUGAUCUUCCCUCUGCCCCCCCUUGCAUACGCCCCUGUAGGAUUGAGGCGCUACCCCUUUAUCUUACUUUUUUCGUCUAAGUCUGAUGUCUGCCUACUGCUCGCUCCUUUGCCCUCUUUUGCAUGCUCCCCCGUAGGUUUAGGUCUCUACCCCUUUACUUUUCUUCUUUGGUCCUCUAAGCCUGUUCUGCUGCUGUGACCUUUGUAGCGCUAGUCUGCGGAUCCCGCAAACUCGCAGGGGCCUUGUUUUUUCCGCCUAGCCAGCGGGUUUGUCAGGGUGGGGGGGGCGGACGCGACAGUGCCGUGGAGGUGUCGCACUUGUUCAUCAGCACCACUGCGGAGUUUUUGGCGCGGCCGUGCGGUGGUU